AUGAUAUCAGCACUACCCAUAUUACCCGUUGAAUCAAUCCUAGAGAUAUUCAAGUACAUUCCAACGCGGAAUCUAUGUCGACUCAUGGUUUUGUCACGUACAUUUAAUAUCGAAAUAAAGAAAAUGAUGGUGGAAAGAUUCAACGAAACUUUUUGGAAUAAACAUAGACGAUUAUUGGUAUUUAUGACAACCUACUUAUCAUUAGAUCCUUUUCUCCCACCACUUCACAAUACUCACAAUGGAUACGAUCUUACUUUCGACAAAUUAGACAAAGACCUAGUGGCUACAUUCGUUGUUGACCUGUCACAACCAGAUGGUACUAUUGGCCCUAAUCACACAAAAUUAUGGGGUCUGCGAUUGCGCUCUAAUGAUAUAAUACGUGAUCCUUUAAAUAAACCGAUAUCCUAUCCAAAAUUGGACUUGGAUUUGCCUUCCGAACCGAAAGAAGCCAGGGUUUAUAUAUUUGAUAGUGACACUGAUCGAGAUCAUCCUUUUAUUAGUGCGUUUUAUGUCACGAAAGGGUGUCUUCGAGCAUCUAAUAACAAUAUGGGCUGUAUUAAAAAGACUCUCACCACCAGCAGUGAUAAUAAUAAUAAUACAAACAACUCAACUAUCAACACGAAAAAUAAGUUAUUUAACACGGAAAAUGCGGAAGGUUGGUGGAAACACGACCUGAUAAGUCGAAGACAUAAAAAUUUUCCCGCAUGUGCACACUUUAUCGGCAAAAAUGAGUCUAACAAUGAUGAUGUGAUUGAGAUGCUGCAUGAAGUUCGUAUUAGCGCGCCGAUGCUAUUGACCGCUGCAGAGGAAAAACGAAAAGAUAAAGGUGAUGGAGGGGUAGAAUUUUUGGUGGUGGAGGGUGGACAGUCUAGUCUUACACGAAGUUGUAUUAUAUUAUGA